UAAUGUACCGUUUUAAAUAUAAAGAUUUUGUAAAGAGCAUUCGUGCGUUAGUUGCAUUCUUUGAUUAUUUAAUUAAGUGGUGCAUCAUGCCGAUAGAAGUAAACAUUCAAGAGAGAAGGCUUGGUUCAGUCUUGAAACUGAGAUGUAUGAUUAGCCUUUGUUCUUUGAAUGCAAAACCCUUGGAAACCAUAUCAAGUCAACAUUUUAAUGUCACUGACUUAGCCGAAGUGCAGCUUCGAUUUAACUUCAAGAACAAAAACUUUGUUGAAUGUUAUAUUUUAGCACAGAAUCAUAUAAAGACAAAAAACAUUGGAGUAAAAAUUAAAGCAUCUUGUCAAGAAACCUCUGAACCAUUUUACUCAGAAUGGAUUUGCGACAAUCAAUGGAAAACAAUUGGAAUCAGAGAAAAUUAUGAUGUCAAUUUAAAUUCAGUGUGUACAACCUUGCUGGAUAUUAAUAUUUCAGCGAGAGAGGUUGGGACUUCGCUUCUCCUAAAUCUUUACAAUGAUGUUGAUUUUACUGACUUCAGCUUGAGCACAUCUGAGGGCAGUGUGGGCGUACACAAGGCAUGUCUAGCAGCCACCAGCGAUGUGUUUCGCGCUAUGCUUAGUCACGAAUGGAAGGAAAAGGAAGCGGGCCACAUUCAGAUGGAGGGGGUCACUGUGCAGACCCUUAAACAUUUAAAGGACUACAUUUACAUUAGAAAGCUGCCCGAUGACGAUCUAAAGCCUUUACUUACACUCGCCUCCUGCUACUUAAUGGACGAUCUUAUAGAAGAUUGCGUCUCUAAGUUGGCUAUGAAUAGUAGUUCUGAAGACUGGGACAGUCUUAUAGCAUACGCCGCAAGUAAUCAAAUAGUUGAACUAACAAGAGCUAUUCUGUUUGUGAAUCCAGCUUGUGAGAUCAAAAAUGAAGUCGACUAGAACGGGCAGAAGAACUUAUGAAAUAAAACUAUGAAAACGGAUUAUAUCGCGUAUAUUGAAUUUAUAAUACAUCCCGACGUUUCGAACUCUUUACAGCGUUCGUGGUCAACGGGUGACUGAGGAAAAAUUACAAAAUGCAAAAAUACCCACAUACUAAAAUAAUGAACAAUCAUAGACUACAAACUUUAAGGCUGGUUGUACAUGCAAAAUCGGUUCAUAAGGCUAGUUAUACACUAUAAUUAUUUUUCAAGUAAAGAUAUAUAUAUAUACGCGAUAAAAAACUAUGCCGGCUCCAACCCUACACCACGGACCCGAGAAGAUUUAAUUCCCUCCUAAAUUGUAGGAGGGUAUCCCAAUAUGGGACCGGCAACAAACUCGGCGGGACACAUCUUUUCAAAACAUCAGAAUGUCCAGCAUCAUCCAACACUACGGUCUCACAGUCUAUGUCUCGCUUGCUCCUUUAUCAGGUGGACUACAGGAUCCCAAGCUGGUGGUAGAGAAAAGCCAUCUUCCCUAUUAAAGUUUGGAUAUUUCUUAAUCUCAAUGGCCUCGCGCAGCAUUCUGGGUUAUGGGUGGGUUAGUUUUUUAUCGCGUAUAUAUAUAUAUCUUUACUUAAAAAAUAAUUAUAGUGUAUAACUAGCCUUAUGAACCGAUUUUGCAUGUACAACCAGCCUUAAAGUUUGUAGUCUAUGAUUGUUCAUUAUUUUAGUAUGUGGGUAUUUUUGCAUUUUGUAAUUUUUCCUCAGUCACCCGUUGACCACGAACGCUGUAAAGAGUUCGAAACGUCGGGAUGUAUUAUAAAUUCAAUAUACGCGAUAUAAUCCGUUUUCAUAGUUUUAUUUCAUGAGUAACUAUCGCGGUAACCGAAGACAACAGAAGAACUUACUUUAGAUUUAUACUUAAAUAUAACAUCGAAUAAUUUAAUAAUAUAAUUUAAUUUUUUUUUAAUAAUAUAAUUCGUAAUCUUUUAUUCCUUUGAAUUUAAUAUAAUAAAAAUAUCAAAUAAAA